AAUUUCAGGUUGUUAAUCCGAUCUUUUUAACGAUUGCCAAAUACAUCAUCCAUCAGCAUGAACAUCUUCUGCUGGAUGAUUGUUCAUUCGAAACCAAAGUUAUCUAUCAAAUCUUAAGACUUCGCACCUUUUUCCAUCAUCAAAGGUCAUUGUCUUCUUUUUCGCCAAAACUUCGAGAGCAAAUAUUGUCCGUUUGCAAUUCAUUAACAGAUUCGAUUACCUCAUCGACCUCUUUGGGCGCGUUCGAAAUUAUUUUGAUCCUUUUUGAAAUCAUCUCUGCACUUCUUUAUUACAGGUUAGAAAGCUUGUCAAGAAACGCUUUGGAUUUGGUUUCCAAAUACUCGGGCAUUUCUGUUUCGUGGACAGGCGUUUCUGGGCGUCGUCUGAUCCAUCAAAAGGAAAAGAUUUCGCUUUUGUCUAUCAUUAUUUCUAAAGAACGCCAACAAGGCAAUGUGUUGCCAAUGCUUUACGAAAAUGAAAAUCAAAACAUCCCAAAAGUUAUACCCCUAUCUGCAAUUGGCGAUCAAGACAAAUAUUUGGAGCUCGAUGACAUUGAUGAACUUGAUGCGGUUCACAGCCGCCAAUCCUAUUUUGAUGUGUUCAUUGAAAAUGCAUUUCUUUUAUCUAAUUUUUAUUUGCUGCUGAUAAGCGUACCCGAUUCCCCGAUAAGAAAUGAGCAAUUGUCAACCCUGGCAAAUUCGAUCAUUACAAAUUCGGUAAAAAGCGAAUCCUCAAAGUCGACGAUAAAUUGGUCUGUUUUUUCGACUGCCCUAUCUGUAAGGUCCGUUUGGGUUGAAAACAAAGGCCUCAAAGCCGUUCGAUCGUGUCUACAGCUUGAAGCAUUGAUUUCCCAAAUUUCCAGCCCUUUACAAGAGGAUGAGAGUGUAUCACAAAGGCUGUGCCUUUGUUGGUGCAUCCCUGGGCUGUUUUCCGCUGUUGAUUUGAAACGAUCUUAUGGUCGGCUACUUGCCCAGCUUGGUGCCCCAUUAUCAGCUUAUGAAGUUUAUUACAAGUUAGGAGAUAUGCCCUUGGCAAUAAAAGCCCUCGUUUCUGCAUCACAAUAUGAUCAAGCAAUCUCUUCAUUGCUGGACCUUUUAAAAAAAGAUAUUUCUCUUUCAAAUCGACUUCCGCUCCUGUGCUUAUUGGGAGACCUGAAGGAUGGAGACGUUUCGCUUUACGAAGAAGCUUGGGAGUUGUCCAACCACAGGUAUGCUGCCGCUAAAAGAUCUCUUGGGUUCACAUACCAGAAAAAAGGCCAUUUUCAUCUUGCCAUCGAUGCGUUCAAGAUUUCUCUCAAAAUUAGUCCGCUCUUUGCAUCGGUUUGGUUUUACCUCGGAUGCUGCUAUAUCAAAGUCAAUGACUAUGAUGGGGCUCUUAUGGCUUUCCGCCGC